AUGGCCUGCGGUGGUGCUGCGAGUGCCUGCGUGGACGUUGACGCUCUCUUCUCGAGUUUCUGGGAGCAGGAUGACUCCCUGACUCGCUUCGUCUGCAGCCUGGUCUCCCUUCCACGCCUGGUUCCUGCUGUCCCAGUGGAGGUCUCUGCUGUCUCUGUGGAGGUCCCUGCUGACUGUGUGGAGGUCCCUGCUGACUCUGUGGAGGUCCCUACUGUCUCUGCAGAGGUUCUUGCUGACCUGAUCGAAACUGCUGCGUGCUCAGCUGGAAGCUCUGCCCUGUCAACUGAGCGCGUUCCUCCUUUCUCGGCUGCUACACCUCGCUGCUCGGCUGAAGCAGUGUCCAGUUCGACUGAGAGAUCGAUCUACUCAAUUGAAAAGGCGUGGUGGUUGGCUGUUCUGGAACCAGAGGAGGUGGCUUCUUCGUUCCUGGUUGCAGAGCCAUACCAGGAUGCGAUGAUGGGUACAAAGUCACUGAAAGGUGCGAUGGUGGGUGCAGAGGCGAGCAGCAGGCGGUGCAGCUUGAAUCGGAGUGAGAGUUCGUGUCUCAUCGACCUCACCUGGGAUACCUGCUCCUUCACUUCUAAUAGCCUCUGCAGUACACAGACGGAAUUGUUCACAGAAGCAGCCAGUGGGAAGAGGGGGAUUGGCCAAGGCAUCAGCAGCACUGGGAAGGGAUGGAAUGUGGAGGCGACAGGGCUUGGGAAGACUGAGGAAAUGGCUACUUUCUCGAACCAGCUCUUUGGGUAUGAUGACGAGGAUGAAGAUGACAUCAAAGGAGGUGGAUACACGCUGCCGCAGCCGCCACCCACUUGGUGCGCCUUCAACCCUCUCCCCUUGCACACCCUCUUCUUGUACCCAGUCUUCUCCCCCUCACUCCCCACCCCCUCCUUUCCACUUUCCACCCCCUCCUCUGAUUCACUCUCCUCUUCUUCCGCUUCUCCGCCCCUUUCUAUACCGCCCCCAUCUCCCCCACCCCUCUCCGCUCCCCCUCUGCUCCCCCCUCAUCCUGUCCCUUCUAAAUUCCUGCUUUCCCCUCACCCCCAUGCCCCCGCCCGCGCGCGACUUUUCCUUUCGUUUCCCGCGCCCCUGUCUCCGCCACACUCGCCGCUUCCCCUGUCCCUUUCCGCGUUUCCCCCCGCUCGGUUGUCCCCACCGCCCGCGACUCAGUCUCAGCGCGGCGUGGUGGCGCAGCUGCACGAGGAGGGCGGGCUGGCGGUCCUGGGGGCGGGGCUGGGGCUGCACAAGGUGCUCGCGCUGCUCCUUCGCUACCACCACAUCACCAACGCCUCCUGCUCCCGCAGCCUUGGGAUCAUCGGCAGCAGCAGCAGCAGCAGCGGCGGCGGCGGCAGCAGUAGCGGUAGUAGCAGCUUGGGUGGUUAUAACGGGCGGUUGAUGUUUGUGAUUGGAUUGGCGGAGGAGCAGAGGCAGGCAGUGCAGGAGGAGCUUGAGCUGCUGAACAGAGCUCCGGCCAUUCCAGCUGCUCCUUUUGAGAGUUCUCAAAAUGUUCCUUCCCGCUCCAGCCCGCCUGCUGCUCCGCGGGACAAUCGGGCAGCAGCAGGAUCAGGGUCAGCAGCAGCACCAGCAGCCGCAGCAGCAGCAGCAGCAGCAGCAGCAGCAGCAGUGGUGGCUGUAGCAUCAGCAAGGGUAGCAACUGCUGCUGCAGCAGCACCGUCAGCAGAGGGAGACGAGGCUGCAAAGGUGUCACCUGCAGUGACAUCCAAUGGACCGGAGGCAGAAGCACCGCUGUCGACCGCGCUGCACCGCACAGCACUCCCGUGUGUGCUGGCGGAGGUGAACAGCAGCAUGGCGAGUGCUGACAGGGUGGCGGCGUAUCGCGAGGGAGGGUGCUUCGCCGUGACCUCCCGCAUCCUCAUUGUCGACAUGCUCUCCGAUCGAGUGCCCUUUAAUAAGCUCAAGGGUAUAGUGGUGGUGAACGCACACAGGGUCACCGACACAGGAGCAGAGGCCUUCAUCCUGAGGCUCUUCAGGUGGGCGCUCUCAGGUGGCCAGCCCCAUGUGGCCCUUCAGGUGGGUUCUCAGGUGGGUUUCCAGGUGGUGGUUCAGGUCAGUGUGUCCCAGGCGUUGGAGCAGCACCCCCCGCACGUGGAGGACGUGAGGGUGCCUCUCUCGCCGGCAGCAGCAGGCAUCCAGCAAGCCAUCGUUGACAUCAUGGGCUCCUGCCUGCAGGAUCUGCGCCAUACAAACAAGCUGGACGUGGACGAUCUGACGGUGGAGAGCGGCCUGUUCAAGUCGUUUGAUGAGAUCGUGCGGCGCCAGCUGGAUCCCGUGUGGCACACUCUGGGCCGCAAGAUCAAGCAGCUAGUGGCCGAUCUAAGGACUCUCAGGAAAAUAGCCGAGCAUCUGCUGCGGUACGACGCGGUCACCUUCCUGCGCUUCCUGGAUGCGCUCAAGGCGAGCGAAUCAAAGGCCGCCAUCUGGAUCUUUGUGGACCCCGCGCCCAAGAUAUUUGAGCUGGCCAAGCGGAGGGUGUAUCAGGUUGUGAGGUCAGCAGCAGUGGCAGUUCCACCGCCAGUAGCGGCACAUCAUGAGAAGCAACCAGCCAAGAAAAGAGCUUUGCGUGGAAAGGAGCAGGAGGGAAAGGGAGGCACGGGCGAGGAAAAGUACAGAGAGGGCGGGGAAAGGGGCACUGAUGAAGAAGGGCAGGGCCUGGAAGUGAGGGAGGAGGGAGGCAGAAGGGGGAGCGGGGAGGAGGGUGGGGUGGAGCUGCAGCCGGUACUGGAGGAGAUGCCCAAAUGGAAGGUGCUGCGGGAACUUCUUGAAGAGAUUCAAACGGAGUGCAGCGCACAACAGCAGGAAGCAGAAGCACCACCACCAGCACCAUCAGCAGCAGAACCCCCCGUGCUUGUGGCAUGCAAGGACGAGCGCACUUGCCACCAGCUGCGGGACGUGCUUGCCCUUGGUGCCGCCACGGUGAUGCAGCGCGAGUGGCAGCACUACCUACUGGCCAAAGCUGACCUCAUGAAGGCGAACCUUCCCAGACGGAGGCAUGCGCCAGCUUCCGCUGCUACUGGCGCUGCCGCUGGCAAUGCUAGCAGUAGCGGUGGCAGUGGUAUCGGUGGCAACAGCAGCAGCCGGAGUGGAGGAAAUGGCGCUUCUAGAAACGAGAGUGGCAUGGACUCGUUUCAGAGAGAGCAGCUGCUGCUGCUGGCGGCAGCGAAGCAAGUGAGGAGGGAAAUGGAGGAGGAGAGGGGAGGGGAGUGGGUGAUGGCUGGGAGGGAAGAGGAGGAGAGUGGGGGGUUGAGAGGGGAGGUAGCAAGAGGAGGGCGGAUGCAAGGAGGGGCGAGGGGGGAUGGGGGAGUGAGGGGGGAAAGUGGGGGUGCAGGGGCAAGGGGAGGGGGUGGGGGGAGGGGGAGAGGGAGGAGAGGGAGGGGAAAAAGGGGUGCGGCAGCAGCAGGGGGUGGGAGGGGAAUAGAAGCAGACGGGCGGCAUGUGCGACUGGAUCUAGAUUUGGAAGUGGUGGAGAGGGGUGGAGGUGGGUUUGAGGAUGGGAACGAGGUUCAAGAGGUGCAGGGGGGAGCUAACAGGGAGGAAAGGGCGAAUGCUGAGGGAGAGGUACGGGACGGGGAAGGUGAUGGGGAGGUGGCGAAAGAGGCGAGAGAGGAGAGGGGAAACGGUAGUGAGGAGGACAAGGGUGGUGAUGAGGGAACAGAGAGGGAGGGGAGAGAGAAGGGAGGGAGGGGGAGAGGGAAGGGGAGGAGAGGGCGAGGGAGAGGAGGGGCCAGAGGGAGGAAAAGUGGUAGGGUGUCUGGAGCACGCGGGAGGGGGCGGGGAGGAGAGAGGAAGAGGAAACGAGGAGGGAUGGAAGAAAGCUUGCAGGAGCAAGAGCAAGGGGAGGCGGAGGAAGGGGAGGAGGAGCAGGAGGAAGGGGCUAGAUUGGCCAGCAUUGGCAAUAAUGACAAGGAUGGUGAUGAUGAUAGUGAUGGUGAUAGUGAUAGUGAUGUGGUUCUUAUAGAGGAAGUUGAGGCAAUAGUGGGGGACGUUGAGGCAAUAGUGGGGGACGUUGAGGGGAAUGCAAAGGAUUCCGGGGAAAUGAAUGAGGGAGCGAAAAGGCGGAAACUCCAGAGAACCAACCCUGACACCUCGUCACCCAUCCGAAACUCCAAUGUACCCAUUCUACCAUCUGAGCCUCCACCCACCAACUCUGCACUCUCUAAUUCUGCACCAUCCAUGUCGGCACCGCGCAACCCCACCCGACAUCCCGUCCCCCCACACCCCGACUCCUCCGUCCCCCUCCCCGCCCGCAUCCGCCUCGAGUUUGUCCCACCAUCGGCCAAUGGGAGGCUGCCAGCUGUGCACCUGUGCACGCUGGAGGGCGCAUCCCACGUGCUGGAGCGGCUACAGCCGGGCGUGGUGGUGGUCUAUGAUCCCGACAUAGAGCUCGUUCGCCAGAUCGAAGUAUUUCACGCUGCCCGAGCGAGGGCUUGGGCAGGUGCGGCGGGCAGGGAAGAAAGUGGGGCGGCUGCUUCGGAAGCUGCCCGGGAGGGAGAAGGUGGUUCAGAGGGGGGAAGGGGGGAUGGCGUGUGUGGAGUCAGGGGGAGAAUAAAAGAGCCUGUCGAAGGGGGAUCAGUCAUGGGUGCUGCUGCUGCUGCUAGUGGUUCUGGUGCUAGUACUGCUGUCCCUGCACGGUCACAGCAGCAGCCUCCCCUGAGGGUGCUCUUCCUGUUCCACGAGGGGUCCACGGAGGGCCACAAGUUUGAGGCGAGCGUGCGGCGCGAGAACAGGGCUUUCGAGCAGCUCAUCAGGCAGAAGGCCGUGAUGACCAUCCCGGCAGAGCAGGACGGCCGGUCUACCACAGACUAUGCGCACAUGGCCUUGCCUCCUCCGCCUCUCACCCACCCGGCUGCUGCGAACGCUAUCACGAGGAGAGGGGGAGGGCGCAGAGCAACAGAGCGACAAGAAAUGAGGGUGGUGGUAGACAUGAGAGAAUUUAACAGCAGUCUCCCCUGCGUGCUGCACCAGCGGGGCAUCAGGAUCCUCCCUGUCACCCUCGAAGUGGGCGACUACAUUCUUUCCCCGGACAUCUGUGUGGAGCGCAAGAGCAUCAGCGAUCUCUUUGCUUCUUUCACGUCAGGCCGCCUGCACCACCAGGCGGAGACCAUGUGCCGCUACUACCGCCUUCCCGUGCUGCUGAUAGAAUUCUCCAGCGAUAAGAGCUUCUCUCUGCAGUCAGCGAGUGACAUCAGCGAUGAUAUCACUCCAUCGAGCAUCAUAUCCAAGAUGUCGCUGCUCGCGCUGCACUUCCCGCGCCUGCGGAUCGUGUGGUCCAGAUCGCUCCAUGCGACGGCUGAGAUCUUCGCGUCGCUGAAAACCAAUCAGGACGAGCCAAGUGUCGACCAGGCAAUGAGGGUCGGCGUGCCGACAGAAGAUGGGCUGGUGGAGGGUGACACGAGGUAG